GUGAAAUCCUGUCUCAAAGAAACUUAAAUAAAUACUUACACACCUAUAUGUGGCACACCUAUCCAGAUCUCGGCAAAGUCAAUUUCCAGUUACAGGUCUGGAUUUUAUAAGCUUUUGUUUUCUAGUUUAUGCUUGCAUGUUUAUUUUGGAAGAAAAAAAUUUCCAAGGUGUAUUUUAUAGUGUGCAAAUACUUGGCCUACAAUGAAUUUUUUGCUAUGAUAACUGUAAAUUGAAAUCUUCUUAAAAAGUAAGUGUACAGGGGCCAGAGAUUUAGGUCAAUGGCAUAAGUGCCUGCCUGGCAAGUGCAAGGUCGUGAGUUUGAUCCCUGGUUCCGCAAAAUAAAUAAAUAAAUAAAUAAAUAAAUAAAUAAAUAAAUAAAUAAAUAAGUUACAGUGCAUUAUCACUGAUUAAGGGAAAGUGUGCUACAUCUCCCUAGAGCUCACUCCCCUUGCUUGGCUGAAAUGUUGGGCCCACUGAGCAGUAAAUCCCAUUUCCUUCUGUGCUCAGCCUCUUGUAAAUCACUAUUCUACUCUGAUUUUAUAAAGUUAAGUGUUUUGGAUCCCAGGCCCCACUCAUGCAAUCCUGCACUAGUUGUCCCUGCGAUUGGCUUAUUCCACUCAGCACACUGUCUUCCAGGUUCACCCAGUUCACCACACAUUUGCAGAAUUCACUUCUCUUCUAAUGGCUGAAUAGUAUACACACACACACACAUGCACACACACACAACAACAUAUUUUAAAAAAUCUGUUGGCUGAGCAUAUAGGUCAUUUCCACGUUAGGUACUAUGCACAGGACUGUAAUGAGCACAUAACAUGGUAAGAUGAUCUCUUAAGAUCCUAAUUUCAAUUCUUCUAUAUAAAUACUCAGAAGUAGGAUCAGUGGGUCAUACAGUAGUUAUAUUUUUAUCUUUUAAGGAAUUGCUAUGCUGUUUUCCAUAGUAGCUGUCAUUCUGAAUUCCCAUCCACAGUAAGCGAGAGUUUCAGUUGCUCCCUCUCUUCACCAACACUUGUUAUGUUUUGUUUUUGUUCAUAGCUACCCUGACAGAUGUAAGUGGCAUCUCAUUGUGGUUUUGAUUUCCAUUUGCCUGAUGAUCAGUGACACAGCACUUUCUUCACAUGUCCAUUGGCCUUUUGUGUGUCGUCUUUGGGGAAAUACCUAUUUAAUGUCUUAGCCCAUUUUUAAAUUGGAUUAUUCAUUUCUUUAUGCUUGAAUUAUUCCUUAUGUAUUUUAUAGAUUCUCUCCACGGAUACGUGGUUUGCAGAUAUUCUACCCCAUUCCCUAGGUUGCCUCUUUUUUUUCAGGUUGCCUUUUCAAUCCAUUGAUUGCAUCACUGUGGAGAUUUUAGUUUGAGAUAAUCCCACUUGUGCAUUUUUAGUUUUGUUGCCUGUGAUUUUGGUAUCAUAUCUAUGUACAUAAUCACUGCUAAGUCCAAUGUCAUGAAGAUUUUCCAGCACUGCAGAAUGAAUGAAUGAGAAUUUUCAAAAGGGUCCUCCUGUACCAUGACCACAUGGAUUUAUCCCUGGGAUAAAAGGAUUGAUCAACAUAUGAAACUCAAUUCAUGUGGUUAUCCACAUUAACAAAAUAAAGGACAAAAAUCACAUGAUCAUAUCAACAGAUGUAGAAAACGCCCAUUUGACACAAUUCAGCACACUUGCAUGACAAAACUCUCAAAUGAGGGGGGAAAUAUAUAUAUAUAUAUAUUUGACAAUGUCUCACUAUGUAGUCCAGGCUAACCUUAAAUUAUGUAGCCCAAGCUAGCCUUAAACUCACAGUGAUCUUCCUGUCUCAGCCUUCUGAGUGCUGGGAUUACAGAUGUGUAUCACCACACCUGGCUUAAUAAACCAGGAAUAACUUUCUAUUUACAAAUCAUCCAGUGAAGCCAUUUUAUUACAGAAGCCCAAACUGACUAAGGCAUUCAAAAUAGCCCCCACUGGAGGGAAGUAUAGAGACCUGUGAUGGAAAUUUUCUAAAAUUAGAUAGCAGCAAUACUUCCAUAAUGUUAUAAACAUGCUAAAAAAAAAUCACUAAAUUUUUACUUCAAAGGGACAGAUUUUAUUUAUGGUAUGUGAUUAUACCUCAAGUUCCAUUAAAAAGUAGAUGAGGAGUCAUUAAUUAUUCUAUGCCCCAUCUUUUAGAUAAAGUAAUUUUCAAAGUAUCAGAACAAAUGCAUUGAAUUGUUACCAUGUGCCCCAUAAAUAGGUACCAUUAACCAAGUAAAAUAAUUUUAAAUGAAAAAUUAUCAAAACAGUAUGUUAGCUACAUUUCUAAAAGUACAUUAAAGGUCGUGUUUUUGCUGAAACAUCAUUCCAAAACUAACAGACAAAUAGUGUAUGUAAUAGUAAUUUGUGUGUCCUAUUUUUUCAAAAUCUUGUAAAUAUUUAUAUUCUGCAGUGUGAUUGACAAAAAUUAUAUUUUUACUGUAAUACAAAUUGUAUUAAAUGUCUUAAAAUGUUAAAAAUAUUUUGUCAGUUUCUCAUAAUAGCUUUGUUUUUUAUUUUAAAAGAUUCAAGUGUUUAAAGAUAGACUUUUAAAAAUUGGAUUUCUUUUUGAUUCAUUGCUUAUGGCUGAUACUGUUUUAAAUUAAAUAUUAUUAUUAUCACUAUUGUACUGAAAUUUAUAAGGAGAUAAAUACCAGACAAGAUAAGGAGAGAAUGUUUUCAGGGACCAGAACAUAAUGCAAAUUCAAAAUUUCUGGAAAAUAUGGAAAAGUAUCUGUAUUACUACAAAUUCGAUUUUCCCUUGUAUUUUUCUUCAGAUUAUUUAAAGUAGCAAGGUAUAUAUUUUACUCUUCAAAUCUUAACUUUUUUGCUAUAUUACUUUCAUUUCAUGUUUUUAUUUUUCUAAGAUACCAAAAUCUUAUUUAUUUUUCUAAGAUACCAAAUCUUGUUAAACGGUUUUCUUCCUCUUUACUCCUUGAAACUAGACACAGUUCAGUUAUUUGAUUAGUUGAUGCUAGAAUUUGACCUGGAGCUUAUAUAAUUAGAGGAGACACUAGUUUUCCUCAUUUAAAAGCCUGUUAGGAUAUGACACUCUUGUUUCAGGGGAAGUCAAACCUCUUUGCUGCUUCUUUUUAUAACCUUUAAGUUAAUCUGAAAUUCAGAUAAGCCUUGAUCUGAGGAUGAUAUAACCACAGCAAGCAACAUGGGAACUUUUCAAGAAGUUGGAAGGAAGACUUCAAAAAAUAUGAUGUGAUGUCUCCCGGUGGAGACAGGGCAGGAGGUGCAGGGAAGGGGCGGUGGCCUGAUCCAGUACAACAAGGAUGCAAUGUUGAAGACUAAGAGGGAGGAGAGAAGCAACAGGCACCAUGGAAAAAACCAAAACCAAGCAAGGAGAGAAUGAACAUAUGCCGGUGAACAAUCCCUCCACACAGAUUUACCAGUUGCAGGCCCUGGCCUCCGAGCUGAAAACUGGAUUCACAGAGGCAAUGCAGGAACUGUCACGCAUUCAACAUGGAGAAUAUGCUUUGGAAGAAAAGGUUAAGAGCUGCAAGUGUUCCAUGGAGGAAAAAGUUACUGAGAUGAAGAAUUCAUUGAACUAUUUCAAGGAAGAGCUGAGUAAUGCUAUGUCAAUGAUCCAGGCCAUCACUUCCAAACAAGAAGAAAUGCAACAGAAGAUUGAACAACUGCAACAGGAGAAACGAAGAGAGUCUCGAAAAGUUAAAGCCAAGAAAACUCAAAAAGAAGAACACAGUACCCAGGCUGGGCCUGCACAAGCACAAGGAAGCCCUUUCCGUUCCAUCAACAUUCCUGAACCUGUUCUGCCAAAUGAAGACUUUACCAAUAUUUUGCCUUCUCAGGCCUAUGAAAAAGCCCCGGAGUCCAGACCCGUUCAUGUGGGAGACAGUAACGUGAAGGGAAUGAUGGGUCCUGGAGUGAACCCAACGACUCCAGAAACAGAUGAAAACCUCAAGUCUUGUAUCCCAGCUGAUAUCCAGCCUAAAGGCCACCUUUCAUCUGGCAUGUGGAGGCAGCCCAAGGAUGGCAAAGAGUGGGGGGAAGAAUAUGUCACAAAGGACCAUCCUGAUAAACUCAAGGAAGCUGGCCAGGGUAGACACAGCUCCUUGGAUAAUGUUUUAUGUGAAACCUCUUUAGCUGCUAAAAGACAAACUGUGGCUUUAGAACUGCUUGAAUCUGAAAGAAAAUAUGUCAUUAACAUCUCUCUGAUCCUGAAGAUAAAGGCCACAUUCCAGGGGUCAGAUGGAAAGAGGAAUUCCAAAGAGAGAAGCCUCUUUCCUGGCUCUCUACGGUACCUCGUCCAGCAGCACCUGGAUUUGCUUCAUGCACUGCAGGAAAGAGUCCUGAAAUGGCCGCGCCAAGGAGUCCUUGGAGACUUGUUCCUUAAGUUAACAAAUGAUGAAAAUAAUUUCUUGGAUUAUUAUGUUGCCUAUCUGAGGGAUUUGCCUGAAUGCAUCUCAUUGGUUCACGUAGUUGUUCUGAAGGAGGGUGAUGAAGAGAUUAAAUCUGAUAUCUACACACUAUUUUUUCACAUAGUCCAACGCAUUCCUGAAUACCUGAUACAUCUACAGAAUGUCCUGAAGUUCACAGAGCAGGAACACCCUGACUAUUACCUACUACUGGUGUGCGUUCAGCGCCUCCGAGUAUUUAUCUCACACUACACCCUGUUGUUUCAAUGCAACGAGGAUUUGCUUAUUCAGAAACGGAAAAAGCUCAAGAAGUCAUCCAUGGCAAAGCUGUACAAAGGGCUGGCUUCCCAGUGUGCAAAUGCUGGCCAAGAUGCUUCCCCCACUGCAGGUCCAGAGGCUGUCCGUGACAGUGGGAUCCACUCAGAAGAGAUGCUGCAACCCUACCCUUCUGCUCCCAGUUCUGGCCCUGCUGUCACACAUCUGAUGGCCCCGGUGAAGAAAAGCCAACAGCAGCAGAGCCUGAUGGAGAGCAUGCAGCCUGGGAAGCCCAGUGACUGGGAGAUGGAGGGCAGGAAGCACGAGAGGCCCGAAAGCCUGCUGGCCCCGGCGCAGUUCUGCGCGGCAGAGCAGGACGUGAAGUCGCUCCCCGGGCCGCUGCAGGCUAUCCCGGAGAUGGAGUUCGAGCCCUCGCCGGCCGAGCCGCUGAGCAACGUGGAGCGCUCGCUGCGCGGCCCGGCCGAGCUCCUGCCUGACGCCCGCGGCUUCUUGCCGGCGGGCUACGAGGAGUUCGAGUACGGCGGCGAAAUCUUCGCGCUCCCUGCGCCCUACGACGAGGAGCCCUUCCAGGCUCCGGCCCUCUUUGAGAACUGCUCGCCUGCCUCUUCUGAGUCCAGCCUAGACAUCUGUUUCCUGCGGCCCGUCAGCUUCGCCAUGGAGGCCGAGCGGCCAGAACACCCACUGCAGCCGCUGCCCAAAAGCGCCACAUCCCCGGCGAGCAGCACCGGCGUUUACAAGCUGGAGGCGACGGCGCAGGCGCAGGCGCAGGCGCACGGCAAGGCCAAGCCGCUGAGCCGCUCGCUCAAGGAGUUCCCGCGCGCGCCGCCCGCUGAGGGCGUGGCCCCACGCCUGUACAGCACGCGCAGCAGCAGCGGCGGCCGCGCGCCGCUCAAGGCAGAGCGCACGGCGCAGGCGCAUGGCCCGGCCGCCGCCGCCGCCUCCGCCCGCGGUACGCCGCGAACCUUCUUCCCCCAACAGAGAUCCCAAAGCGAAAAACAGACGUAUUUGGAAGUAAGGAGGGAAAUGCAUUUAGAAGAUGCUACCCGCUUCUGUCCAAAGGAUGAAAGAGAAAGUGAACAAACAUCUUUCAGCGAUCAGAAUCCCAGGCAAGACCAGAAAGGGGGCUUUCGCAGCUCCUUCCGCAAGCUCUUUAAAAAGAAAAAUGGGAACACAACUGGUGAAGAUUUCUGUGGUCCUUGGGGCUGGUGGUGACAUCAAAGCUUUCCCAUUUCCAGGUCCAGUGGAUCAGAAUACAGGGAAAAAACUAAUGAGAAUCCCUCAAUGGAUCCUUCACCUACCAAACAAGAUUUCUUCAGAAACCGACUUGCUCUUGCAAAUGACCUUGACCAAGGAACAGCUGUGUAAAACAUACUUAAAGUUGUAUUCUCAAGUGGUAAGAUGAGGAUAAAAACCUUGUAUAUAUCUGUGUAGGAAUAUAUACACACACACACACACACACACACACACACACACACACACACACAUAUAUUGAUGUAUAAAUCCCUGAAGAAAACUAAUAUACAUACAUAUGAAACUAAAUCAACAUACAAGACAUUGAAGAGCUGAAGAUUAGUCUGUGGUUAAGACCUGACUUUUUGAACUUCAACACUUGGUAAAAGGGAAAUGAAGACUUUUGACAUCAUUACAGAGAAACACAAUAAAUUUGGAGGAAAAAAUAAAUGUUUAUAAGAACAAAAAUUUGCACCUUGAAGUCAUUCCCCAAGUAUAAUAUUAUGUUCAUAUUUAAUGUGGAUGUGAAUUUUGUGCUGCUUAGGUAUUUAGUUUAUUAAUUCAUUCUAGUGUGCUUAGACUAAUAUAAUACUAUGUUAGGGGCCAUUGUGUCUGACUAUAUGUCUUCCAGAACUUCCAGGGCAAUACAUAGCAUGCCUUAUGGCAAAGGAUCAAUGAACAGAACUGUUAUUUUAAAUGUUGCAAUUCUGAAUUAUGGAGAAAUUGUGCUUAAAUCACAGGUUAGAAGGUUUAAAGCUUAAAGACACAUUGAUCUCCAAACGUGUUCUGUGUUUAUGGAAAUCAUUAAAGAGAACAAUGAUUUCUUUAGAAACAGGGAUGGGGCAAAGAAGCAUUUUUUUAUGUGGAUUGUGCCGAGGAUGAGAGCAGUCCAGAGCCUUUCUUUUAUUGAGUACUCAGUAUUCAAGAUCCACUAGUGAUCCUGAGUGUUACUGAUAAACUCAUGACCAGAUGGACCAGGAAAAAACAUUGAUACAGCCACAUCCUCUCAAAAAGACUUUCUUUAAUGCAGACAGAAAGUCGUGACAGCACCAGUGCUUCAAUGGCACAUACAUAAUGGUUGCUACAAAGACUAGGUCAGAAUGAAAACUCAGGGGAUGCAGGACCCUGAUCUCUGCAGUGCCCAGAUAUGGCACAGAAACAAAGCUCCUACAGCUCAGCUAUUGGGGACCUGCCUGGCUGUGGGAUAAUAAAAUGUGUUAGCCCAGAUGGUCACCUCAAAUUUCAGAUUCAUAACAAAAUAAUUAGCUUUAAACUGUUCGUCUCUGUUCCCAAAUAGUUACUUAUAAUAAAUGAGAGGUAUUUGACAUCUGUUCACUCAGAAUCUUAUUUUUCAAGUGGAUUUCUUUAGAAGUGCUAUUCCUUUAUGAAUGUGCAAUUGAUAAAAUAAGGGAAGUUUCAUUUCUAUGUGUUAGAGCUUCUCCUUGUAAGAUUAUUAAUUAGGAACCUAUCUGUUAGCAUUUGAAAUAGUAAGUGUCUACAGCAUAUAAAAAUCACUGUGCCAAGAUUUAGGACUUUGCAGUAUUUAAAUUUAAGUUUAAGCCAGCAUUUUCUUUCUCUGCAAUUAAUGGAAUUAGAUUUUUUUUUUAUCGGUACCAGGGAUCGAACUCACAAUCACGGGUUUGCAAGGCAGGCCCUUAUGACACUGAGCUAAAUCCCCCGCCUCAGAUUUUUCUUUUUUCUUAAGCCAAAGUUGUUUUGGGACAGUGCUUAAAAGCACAAUUCCAGACCAACUGGACAUGGAAAGUCAUAACCUCAUAAUGAAAUAUAAACAGCAGUAAGACUCUUCCUUUCUGUAUCCUGUUUAUCAUCAAAAUUGUUACUGCAAAUAUCAGAUAACUUCACACACUUUCAUUUUGAUAGCAUCCUCUAAAAUAUCUUGAUAUUUCAAAUUUAUAGUAGUACAGUUCAGUUUAGUUGUAUUUUAUGAAACUAACCUAUGUAUGGAAACUAGUACUGCCACUCUGGGUCCCUAGCUCUUGAUAGCUGGAUAUUUUGGUAGCUUUCUAUCUCCAACUAUUGUCUGUUCAUCCACAGCUUAUAGGUCUUCAAGAUUAAUGCCAUGUUACUAAAUUCUUGUCUGCCAUCAAAUUCCAAACACUUCACUUGACUUAAGGCUCUCUCUCGUCUGGCUCCUAGUUUUCUUUUCUUUUUUUUUUUGUCUUUUUUCCUUUUUAUUGGUACCGGGGAUCGAACUCACGACCGCCUGCUUGCAAGGCAGGUGCUUAUGCCGCUGAGCUAAAUCCCUAGCCCCUGGCUCCUAGUUUUCUUUCUGGCUACCAUCUAAUGCAGUUUUGGGUGAGCUAUUUUACUUCAACUAAACUGGCUUUUACCGUUUCCUCAUAAGCUAGGCAUCCUGCCCAGGUUUACUCUUAACUCAUGCCUUUUCUCUAACUGCCUCCUCUUUACUAAUCUGAAGCCCCAGUUAAACCCCCUGACCUUCCAUGGUGUGGAAGCUUUUAUGGUGUGACUAGUUUUUUUUUUUUUUUUUUUUUUUUGUCUUUUUUGUUUUUAUCGGUACCAGGGAUCGAACUCACGACUGCCUGCUUGCAAGGCAGGCGCUUAUGCCGCUGAGCUAAAUCCCCAGCCCCUUACUAGCUUAUUUUUUGAUGUAUUUGUUUUAUUUCCUCAAUAAGAAUGCAAGUUCCUUUCAAAGGCAAGAACUAUUCCAUACCUUUUUUAUUCCCCUUUACUUCUUGAUGAAUUCAUAGUAGUAGGAACUCGAGAAUUGAUUGGCAACUUUAAUAGGGCUAUAGAAAAUAAGUUCUAGUUUUUGUUUUCAGUGUCAGCAUUUUCAGUGCCAGCUUGUCCAGGGCCUACGUACAUGAUGAACAAGUGUUGUAUCUCUGAGCUACACCCCUCAUGCCUAAUUUCUAUACUCCUUUUGUUUGUUUGUUUCUUUUUGGGACAGGGUCUUGUUAUGUAGUUCAGGCUGACCUUGAACUCAUGAUAGUGCUCCUGUGUCACCCUCCAAAGUGCUGGUGUUACACACAUGCACUCCCAUGGCUGGCUUCUAUCCUUAAUUUGACGAAGAUUUUCGUUUUUAAAAGAAAAAGAAAUCACAAAGGAAAUAAAAUACAGUUGUCUUCAUAAGCAAUUAAAGGCUCCACUGCCAUUUUGAUGGCACCUAGCAGUAGAAAACAUCUCUUCAAUUAAAAAGUUGCUAUUUUUUGUUAGCAUGGCUCAUUUUAUAAUCUCCCAUGGUAGUUCUGUAAUUGACAAGGGAGAUAGGAUUCUUAGUGAUGAUGAUGGUAUAUAAUGUUAUGUUUCUUUAGGAAAGAAGUUGGGUUGGAAAAGAGAUUGGCAGUUGCUACAUCUGAGAUCUCCAGUCCUCUCAAGAAGGGCAGUAUACACAGAAGACCAGAGAUGUUUUUGGGAAGUGCUUGAGUUGAUAAGCAGAAAGAAACACUCCACAAAAAGAUGGAGAUUUUUACACAGAUUGGGGUUGCAGCAGGUCUCUUCUAUAACUUUGUGGGAUUUCCAUAUAAGCUGAAGCAAGGAUUAUCUUGUUUCUCUUACUUUAGAAUUAGAAACUUUGAGAACCAGGGAUUUGUGGACCAAAUGCUCUAUGAUUCUCCCUUAGUGGGCGACUUCAACAUAUAACAAAUAAACUAAUCUGAGACUUGUAAUUAGCAUGUCAGGGAAACCUUUGAAUGGUGUUUUUGUUUUUGUUUUGGUUUAUUUGCUACUGGGAAUUGAACUCAGGACCUUACAUUUGCCAGGCAGGAACUGUGCCACUGAGCUUUAUCCCGAGCCCUUGAAUGGUGAUUUCUGUAACAUCUUGUAUCUGAUCUUUUUACCUCCUUCAAAUCUUUACUCAUAUGUCAUAUUGUCCUUGAGGGCAUUUAUAAAAAUGCAGGUUCCUGGGGCCAGGAUUUAGCUCAGCAGCAUAAGCAUGUGCCUGGCAAGCACAAGGUCAUGAGUUCAAUUCCCAGUACCAAAAAAAAAAAAAAAAAAAAGCAGAUUCCUGGGCUCUAUUUCAGGUUCAUUGUAUUGGAAUAUUUGAGGAAGGGAUCCAGAACCUAAAAUUUAAAUGCAUUCAGAUGAUUUUGUUUGGUCCACUGAAAUUUUAUUUUUAUUUUUUUGUAAUUUUUAUUCUAAAGAGAAUAAAACCAAGUAAAAUAAAACAAUAAGCCAAUCAAAACAAAACAGUAUAUGUGAUAUAGGACUUCAAAGCAAGGUAAUAGGAAAUCAGUGAUGUUUACCAUGCCUCCUGUUGUCUUCAAGAUAGCUGCCCAUAACGUCAGACAUAGUAAAAAUCAAAUAAAACAGAAUAGGCUAGAACUAAUAAAAACAAAACAAUGAAUGCAAUAAAGGACUUCAAAACAAGAUAAUAGUAAAUCCAAAAUGGCUACCAUAAUAUAGCUUAUUAUCUUUAUCUGUGAUCUGCUCAUAUCAUUGGAUAUAAUAGAAUCAAAUAAGACAAAAUGGAAUGAAACCCAACCAGACAAAACAAUGAAAAUGAUAGACUUCAAAAUAUGAUAACAGAAUUAACAGUAGGCUACCACCUACAGGAGGAGAUCCCCCAUAAUGCUGCAUUGUGUAUUGUUAUCCUCUGAACAUGAUCAGACUACCAGCUUUCGACCUACAAAGUCAGUGAAACACUAAACACUAUAAGCAUUAAGCUGUAUUUUACCUCAGUAGCUAUCAUCGAAGCCUGUGUUUCUCCAGAUCAGCUGGUUGCUUGGGACAAGGGGGAGUACUUUGGCUCUUGUCUGCCAGCCCAUGCACAGGAAAAGGCUGGCAUCUGGUUCUUCCCACAACAGCCUGCACAUGGUGCUGACUUGCAGAGUCCAGUGAAAUUUUAGAGCUAUUACCUCUUAGACCAAUAAAUUGAGAUGAUCUAGUAUGCAAAUUAGGCUACUCAGUCUCUUCCUUAGGUUGCUUUUUAUGACAGAAUAAAUAAUUAAUUAGACUUAGCUUGAGAUACAGAAAAUUAAUAAUUCAUCAAAGCCCAACUGAAUUAUUUUUGUGUUCUUAAAUUUGUUGUCAAUGAGCAUUGCUGUCAGAAACACUAAAAUUUUAAUUGAAAAUAUACAUAAAUUCAUUUUGUAAACUGACAAAAUUGUAUAUUCCAGGGACUUGAAAGAAUGCCCUUUAAAUGACAGAUGUCUUACAAUAAAUUACAUAGUGAAGUUAGACUAGUUUUCAGAGUAAAGUUUUUCUUGAAACAUCACCAUUAAUAACUUUCUUCGUGUCCCUAAAACAGCAUUGCUUUCAGGAUAGUUGGGGUUUGGAUAUCCUGAAAUGAUUAAGCACAGCCAGUGAGUCUCAUAUUCUGGGGCGGGGGGAGCAGGAGAAGUGAGAUAGUUUCUCAAAGAUGGAAAAAAAUGGGGACAUGGGUUGAAGUAAGGUGGAGGAAAUUUGUGGAGACAUAUUAUAGGGGAAAAAGGAAAUUGGUAUGUGACACUAGACUUGAGUUUUGAACAUAUAAGAACAUAAAGGUAUGAGUUUGGGCAAUGCUAAAAGAAGUUGUUAGAUUUCAAAGUAGUCAAUAUUCUGUUCCCAAAUCAAACAGCUUGUUUUCCAACACCUGUUGUUUUCCAAGAGCUUAGUGCAUAAUCUUUCUAAACUUGUUCCUUAUCUAUACAAGAAUUAUUUUUAUUAUCUUGCCUCAUUAUAUUUAGACACAGUAACAUUAAAUGUGAUUUCUUUCUCAUGUAUAUAAACGUGUUCCUCAGAAGAAGUGGGAUCUUUUCCAAAGGAUUAUUCGUAGAUACCAUCUAUGAUUCUGAGUAGGUUGUUUCCACUUAAUACUAGAUCCCAUGCAGUAACUCUCCUCAUCACAUUUUCCUUUUACUGGGGCAGACCUUCUGCACACAAACAUUCUCUUAUUUGUUCAUCUUUAAGACAUGAGAAACCUCUUUCUUAAUGGUUCAAGCUAUGUGCCAGUUCUCUGCUUCCUUUUAUUGUAAAAUUUUAAAGAGGAAACAACCACAUUACUUCCUGCAUGGCAGCUUUUUAAAAUUCUGUGCUGGGGAUCAAAUCCAAAGGCCAUGUGCUAGGCAAACACUCUGUCACCCCCAGCCCACCUGAUAGGCGCAGGCUUUUGCUCCUAUUACUUCACGAACUCCUUAGUCAUUAAUGACACAUGGUCCAUUCUCUGUCGUCUUACUAUCCCUAGAAGUAACAUUGGAUCGUUUUCUCUUUCUGAAAUUAUUUCUUUACUAACUCUUAAGGGAAUACCAUAUCCUUGGUUUUCAUCAUUAUUCAUUGGUGUUUUUCUCUUGUUAUAUUUGAUGCUACUCUUGGAUAAUAGAGUAUGCCAGGGCUCUCUUUUGUUUAUGCUCCUCUUUUUCCAGUCUAUACUUAUUUCCUUUGUGAUCUUAUACAGUCUGUUGGCUUUGAAAUAUGAUCUUUUCAAAGUGACUUCAAAUAUAGUAUUUUUAGCCUAAACCCCUUUCUCUAAGUUGACUAAUAUUUCUGUCUCCUUGACUUCUCUCAAGAUGUAUGAUCAGUUUAUUGAACUUAAUGUGUCCAAUCCUUCUUCAGCCAUAUCUUCCCUCCCUAUGUCAGUUAAUGGUAACUUUUAUCUUCGUUUGUUCUCACCAAAAACCUUGAAGUCAUCCUUGACAAUUGUUUCUGUUGAUAAUUGUCUUUUACCCUUCAUCAAGCCUGCCAGCAAAUUGACUUUCUUCCAAAUAUAUACGUACUGUAACUUCUUCUCAUCAACUCUUGCUGUGGUCCAAGACACUUUAAAUCAGACUGGCCUCCUGUUGUUGUUGUUGUUGUUGUUUUGGAGACAGUCUCACCUUGCAGUUUAGGCUGGCCUCCAGCUCUCGGAUGUCCUCCUGCCUUCACCUCCCAAGUGCUGUGUGCCACCAUGCCGGGCAGUAUUCCUGUUCUUAAUCUCUCAUUUUUCUCAACACAGUAGCCAGACUAUAAAUCAGAUCACAUCACUCCUCUGCUCAAAUUCUCUAAGGACUGUUUCUUUCGAAUAUAAGUCAGAGACAUUACAAGGGCUUUUUUUAAAGCUUCAAGUGAUCCAUACCUCCUUAAACUCUGAUGGCACCUCUUUCUAAUGUACCCACAUUCAUUUUUCUUCUAACACAAGUAGCCUUCCCAUUCCAUAAAUUCACCACAAAUGCUCUUGCCUCCAGGCUUUUGAAUGGGCUGCUCCUUGUGAUUUGGUAUAUUCUCAAAUUCUUGCAUGUUUCAUUCCUUCACUUCAAGUCUUUAUGUUCCACCUUCUCUAUGAGAUACAGUCUGACAUUCCAUGUAAUUUAAUCUUUGUAUCCUAUAUUCCCUUACCGGUUUUUGUUCAUAACAAUUACAACACUUUAAUAUGCAAUAGGCCUAUUAAUUAUGCUUAUUGCUUAUUGUCUGUAUCUUCUCACUAAAUGACAAAUCCCAUGAUGAAAUGGACUUUUGUUUACUACUGUAUUCCUAACAUCAGAACUGACCGGAACACUGUUUGUUGACUGUUGAAUAGUCAGAUAACCUAAGGUCAUUCAAACCCUUUUUUUUUCCCAAAACAAAUUUAAGUAAUGAUAAACAGCAAAGAAAGGCAUAAAGAAUCAAAUUCAGGAUAAACAAUGAACUGUUUAAAGUUAUCUAAAAUGAGGCAAACUUUGAAAAUAGGUCUUCAUGGCUUUAUUAUUUGUAAAGCAUUUACUUAGAGAAUGGCACUGUGCUUUAUAUAUAUGACCUUCAGAUCCCAUAAAAACCCUACAUAUAGGGCUGGGGAUUUAGCUCAGUGGCCUAAGUGCUUGCCUGGCAAGCGCAAGGUUGUGAGUUCAAUCCCUGAUACCAAAAAAAACAACAACAACAACAACAACAACAACAAAAAACCCUACAUAUAUUUAUGGCUCUCCUUGUAUUGAUGAAAAGUAGAUUAAAUAACUACUCUAAAGUUGUUCAUGUAGUAGGAGAAGGAGCAGGUAAACAAUUAGAAUUCCAAAGAACCUGCUUAUUCUCAUUGAUGCUUUUUUGAGCAGUUAUUAAGGUUGAGAAAUUAGAUUCUAAACAGUGUGUAGUUUUUCUUGCUUUUAGUAAGUAUCAACAGUCAGAGUCCUAAAAUGUUAGAAAUGGUCAUAAGGCUUCCAUGAAUUUUAUUCUAUCAAAUCUGCAGAAAGGCAGCCUCAGCUUUGGGGCUGGCCAAACAGGAACAUUCCUGUUCUUGAGAUACAAAUGCUUUUGAACUGUGAUGACCUAACAUGUUUAAAACAAGGAAAAAAAAAAAAAAUCACCUGGUUAAAACUCAAAAGCAGUAACAUUUCAAAAGAAAAUACAGAAACAAGUUUGAUUUAUAUCCAUGUUAAUGUUAUUUGCUGAUGGCUAUUAAAUCAUUACCUAGAGUAUACUUGACAGUGCAUGCUUGUAUUUCACAGUGGUUAGUCAAAUAAAUCUAUAUAAAUGCAUGAUUUCAUGUGUUUAAACUAGGAAAAAAAUCACCAGUUAAUUCACAUAUUCCUGAGAGCAGUCCUAUAAAUACCAGGGAUCACAUUGAGUCUGUGGUCUCAGUCACUAACUGCGACAUGAUGUUGGCUCCGUCAUGUCAUUUCUCCAGGCCUCACGUGCUUCUGUUUUUAUUCUUUUUUUUGUCUUUUUACUUUUUUAUCGGUACCAGGCAUAGAACUCACGAACACACACUUGCAAGGCAGGGACUUAUGCCACUGAGCUAAAUCCCCAGCCCCCUUGCUUCUGUUUUUAAAUAAGAGGAUUGGAACUCUUAAGGAUUCAUCAGGUUUACAUUAUAUAAUCUACCUUGAAUGACAGUAAUUUAGACACAACUUAAAGCUCUUAUAUUUUCAUGCCAAAUCUAGACAAAUUGCAAACUCAAUCUGCCUCAUUCCAGCAGCUGCAAAAACUGCCUGUCAGAGAACUGUGGUAUCUGAGACUUGUUUGGAUACAGUUGGCUCAGGCCUCUCAAGCUACAUCCCAGCGCACCCAAGGUCACUUUACUCAUUUUCAUCCUUAGGCCCUCCCACCCAACUACAAUCAUAGGGUCUGACCCAGAAGGUAAUAGGAAACUUGAUUCAUCCUUUUAGACUAACUUAUUUUGGGAGAAAGUGCCCCCCAAAAGACCAUGAUAAAAUGCCAAAUAUUUUUCUUUGGAAAGUAUGAGCUAAAUAAUCACUUAAGGACUUUUAAAAUACUGCCCUCAAAAAAUAAAUACAUGCAAAAAUAAUACACUUGUGGGCCAUGUAAGGCAUUUUUUUCUUUAUUUUUUCAGUUUAUCUUAGUAAUGCCAGAAAAAAUAACAGCCAUUAUUUUCACUUGAAACGCAAACCAAAUACUGCUGCACACAGUACAAAGAUUACCUACGAACACGGUAAGGUACAAAGGUCAUAUUAGAUGUAUAGACCACACUUUGUUCUUACAUCAAACACUGACAGCAUAUUUUUUGACAAUAAUUUUAGCAAUAACUGUGCUACUAAACAAAGGCAAAUACACAUAUAUACACAGACACAUCUUAACUAAAAUUAUACAUGUCACUUUGACAAACAAAUUCUCUGGUGGUUUCACCAGAUAUUUGCAUCCCAAAUUCCCUGCCCUAAUCCCACCCCCAAAUGCUGACUUGAUCUUAAGAAAAAAUUAAGAGAUGUUCUUAAUUAAAGGCACAUUUGGCAGCUACUGAAAGUGGCAUGCAUCUGGCACAGGUGCACUCUCUAAGCCGCACCACAUGUAACUUCUUUUUAUGGAUCUUGAUUUCAAGUGGUAGUCGGUCCAAAGUGACCCACCUGUAGCUAACUUGCUUUAUAAUUUUGCAGCAACUGGCUACUUAAUGCACUAUUUUCAUUAAAGGCAAAAGAGAAAUUUGCUCACAGUUGACAGAAAAUGCACUUUACGGUGUCAAAAUGGAAAAUAAGGCAUGAAAAAAAGUUGUAAGUGCUUUUUUAAGAUUUAUCACAUAGACUUCAUGCUUUUCUUAACUAGAGCUCAGAACAUUUUUGGCUCAUGUAUAAGGGAUUAUGAAAUGAUUUUAAAAGUAAUGAGAUGUUUCAAAAGAAAAAAACUGAAUAAAGUCACCACUUUCCCUUAUAAAUAAUUUCACUGCAUAGUUCUCUUUCAGCCAAACUAACUUUGUGAUACAUAUUUACCAGUAAAGAUUUAUGUGCAAUACAGUAAGACCUACAUUUGCACAAAGGUCACACAAUAUAGGCCAAAAGAAUAAACCUACGUACAGCAGCAGAAUAUCAAGAAAUAAAUGGUUAGGUUUUUUUUUUUUUUUUUUUUGUAUUGGGAAUUGAACUCAGGACCUUACACUUGCCAAGCAGGCGCUAUGCCCUUUAAGCAGUAUCCCUGGCCUGGUUAAAUUGUUUUGAAUCUAAAGGAAAAAAAGAUUUCCUCAAUAUGUACAACACUGAUUGGGACAACUCUCACGUUUGUUUUGCUGAGAUAUUUUUAAAAAUCUGAAUUUAAGCUGUCAUGUAAAAAGACAAUGAAAUGGGGCUGAGGAUAUAGUUCAGUGGCACAAUGCCUGCCUGGCAUGUAUGAGAUCCUGAGUUUGAGUUCCAAUACCGAAAAAAAAAAAAAAAAAUGAAGCCGGCUAAACUUUGAGAAUUAAAAGUUCUUUAUCAUAAAUACUAUGCAAUUUUUGGUUUGUAUCAAAUAAUUUGCUUAUUAAAAUAAACACUAAGAACUUAGAACCAUAAUGUAUCCUCCAAAUGAAAUAGUAUUAAUGAUAAUACUAGACUGUUCUGUUGAUUAUGCUUGUUAGUAUAAGUCUGCUCUCUGCUUAACUCAGAUCUAUUAAGGUAUCACUAGAGUUGUUAGAGACUAGUAAUACACUAAACACAUAACUUGAUGCUCAACAACCUUAAAUUAAGCAAACUUUUGAUGUUUGUAUAUUUCCUGAUCAUAGUGGUAUUAAAAUAGAUUUGAGACCUGGGAAAAAUAAUCUUGGUUUGCCAAUAAAUUUAGAGACACACUUACUUGUUCUCCUUAUUGAAGUGGUUAAAUGUAAAUAGCUUUCUGUUCUACUGGUUUUAGCCCACCACAUUCAGCCUGGAAAUUUUUUUUUCAUUCUGUGAUCCAAAGAUAAUGAAACAUUUAGAAAUAUUUCUAUUUCUUAAGAGAAAUGUUCCACACUUUGGAAUGUGGUUGGUCACAGUCAUGCUGCAGACUACCUUGUAAUGUCCUGGAUCCCAGGGCAGAAUUUUGUGAUGAUAUAUUUACUUUAUGUCACUCCUUAUCCCUCAUUAGGUAUAGCUCAGUUACUACUAAUGAUAAAUUUGUCUGCUAGUCUGAGACAAAUUAAUCAUGACAAGAAGGACACAGUUUUCUUACCUCCACCUAAGGGCAUCCAAUCGGAAUUUUUCUAAUCAGUUACAAUUGCAGAAAAUACUUUUGCUUACGUAUCACACAUCAGAAUAAAAAUGUCCUCUCUAUCCACAAUACAUAUAAAACUGUUGCACAGCUAGGUAUAGUGGCGCACGACUAUAAAUACAGCACUUGGAAGGCUGAGGCAGGAGGAUCACUGUGAGUUCAAAGCCAACCUGGGCUACAGUGAGCUCAACGCCAGUCUGAACUACAUAGCAAGACCUUGUCUCAAACAAAACAAAACAAAAACCCUAAAAUUGUUGCACAGUGAAGUGGUCUACUAGAGCCACUGGGGAGACGAAUGGUCUCUUUUGGGAGAAAGAUGAUUAGAACUCCAAAUCUGGGUUUUCCCUUUGUGUAGGGUCAUGCCGGUUGAAAAAGAAUCAUCAUCUUAAUGAAGGCUAGCACACUAGCCAGAGACAUACUGAAUGGGCUUUAAUGUGACUUCUGUUAAGUACUUAUUUGGGGUGGGGAUGGAACAAUUAGAAGAGGUGGUUAGUAAAGUCAUAAAAAGGGACACCAUGGGGACAGGUAGGCUGGCCCAAUACGUCAUGGGAGAUUUUGGGAUGUGUACUGAUAAAUUGUAGCAGCAACAGUAUGUUCACACAAAUACUUGUUGAGUGAAUGGUCUUAUGGAUACUUUGCAACCAAGAGGGAAUUUAUAAUUAACCUUCUUUUUUUAUCGGUACCAGGGAUUGAACUCAUGACCACGUGCUUGCAAGGCAGGCGCUUAUGCCGCUGAGCUAAAUCCCCAACCCCCUAUAAUUAACUUUUAAGAAUAUUUUCAGAAGAGGGGACAUUUUAUGAAGGAAAAAUGAUUAUCAUAACAGGAAUGCUAUGGACACUAGAAGAGAUUCAACUCUAACAAAUAAGAAAGGUUAUAAUAGGGUGGACUGCUUAACGAUGGUGUAGUUUACAUAUUUGCUGUUCUUAAAGGGUUAUAUACUGUACUACUGUGAUGUUCAUUUAAUGCUUUAAUAAAUAUCACAGAAAUUAUUAAAGUAUUAGGUUUCCACCAUAAUGUAGUACUUCUAAAGAUGUGUCUAAUGACAUGGUUAACAGAAUUACUGAAAUGAUGCUUCAUUAUUCAGAGGACACAUGCAGAUAGAUAACUGAUGAGCUGAUGCCCCUUUAAGGAUGGAUGCUGCACAUCUCACAUACACAGUGGAGAUUAAUGAAAACUUUUUCUCUUUAGUAAGUUGCAUGCAUUUCAGUCAUAAUAUUUGUUAGACUCAGGAGAGCAGUACAUAGCCUUUAUGAAUAACCUGUAUUAUAUUAAUGAUGUAGGUAGAUGUUCUAUUAUGAAUAGUUGUGAUAGAGCAGAAGACCUCAAGCAAGGUAGAAUGUUCAAUAUAAACCUUUAACAAACUGUACACACAUUGCUUUAAGAAAUUAAAAAACCUAUAGUUCCGCUCAAAAGAUACCCAUUCUCCUUUAACCAGAUAUUUUCCUAUAUGCCAAACUGCAGCAUUAGGUCAUUCUUUAAUAUUAAUACAUAUAUUCUGAACUAGAAACCAAAGCGUACCACAAUACGUGCUUUUAUGCUUAGUGUUUUUGUUUUUCAACUGAAAGAAAUAAGAACCGACCAUUUUCUUCAUAUAAUAAUUUAAUAUAUGCCAGCCAGCCAAAGUAUUUGUAUCUUUAUUUAAUUAAAUUAAAACAGACCUGCUAGGUAUAUUACAUAACAUUCACUAUAUACACAUGAUUUAGGUAAUGCAAGAGAAUUCUAGGGAUGCUGAUCACUUGACUGUCAGUAAGACAUGAAUGCUCUCAGUGAGGCCCAGCAAGUGCUCCUUCCCACAUUGGGCACCUACAAUUCCGUAAUGAUGUUAGAGGGACAGCUAUGAGCCAGGACAUGGGUUACCAGUAACCCUUUGCGGGGGGGAAAGGGGAAAAUGACAAUCUAGUGUAGAUUAACAGUCUCCUAAAUGUAAAUGUACACUUGACGGUUAACAUUUUAAAAAAAGUUCUUCCAUUAUGUUAAUGACACAAAACUUCUCUUUUUGAAGGCAACACCACAUACUGUUUGUGUGAGGGGGUAGGUAGGGAAUGUUCUUAAUAUUGGUAUAAUUAUUCCUCAAACGACAAUGACGACAACAACAAAAAAGUACCUCUUUGGUGAAGCCUUGGUACCCAUUCAGUUCACUGUAAUAAUCUGUAAACAGGACUGUAGUACAGUGCUGGGGCCUUGAUUUCAACAAGGUCAGGUACCACAGCCUUUCCUCACAGUCCUUUGAAUGAUUUUUAAGAAAAUAUUCUAAAGUAGAAGAGUAAAGCAAAGGAAAACAGAGGAGGAUAGUAAGAUCCCUGUUUAAGAUUUUUUUUAAAAGUGCAUAAUAUUUUGAAUUACAAAAACUGUUGUCUGUGGGCCUGCUGGACAUUAUAAUGUUUCCAUCCCUUCAGCAAUAAAGAUCACUUCACAAAAUGAGGGUUCUUGCAUAUUGGCCAGAAAAAGUCCCUUCAGUUGAUUUUCAGGUGCAAUCAGUUGUCCAAUUCUUCUAGAUCAGUCUUUCCACAUAUUCUAUACUGGAAUACCAUUUCAGUUUAUAAUUAACGUCUAGGUUAAAAUUCAUGGUCUUAUACUGCAUCUUGAAGUAGAGUCAUUAGUGUUUGGAGUUCAAGUUUUAACUCCUCAGUGCUGGCACACUCAGUGCAUCCAUUGCCAGCAAUGGAUCUGGGGGUAGGAAAUUGUACAUCCCAGUAUAAGAGGAACUCAGGAAGAAUGGGCAUUCUCCAACAGUGGUGGUCCAUCUCUGUGCAUGGAUGGGUGUGUGUGCUCCCUUUUGUAAGUUUUUGGAGGGAGUUUGGGGAUAUGUUGAGAAGUGCUUUGUCGUGGAGGAACAGGCGGCCCAACAAUGGAAUGGAGGUCCACUUCUUGUGUCAGUGGUGGUGAUGGCAGAUGCCUUCUUGUGCCAUGAGGAGAAGGGGUUUGAGGAGGAGGUGGUGUAAAGGGGGAAGGGCUGUUUGGGAAGAAGGCAUUGCUAUGGUCACUCUUUUUGCCCAAAGGGGGAGGUUGGAGAUGUAGUGGUGAGCUUGAGAAAACAUCAGGUGUCCUCACAGGUUCUCGUGGUGGUAGCAAGGGAGGGCUCUCAGGAGGGUCUGAUAUAGAGGUCCGGUCUGAUAUUGAGUAUCGUGGUGAAUAGGCUUUUGAUGUGGGUUGCCUAGGAGGAAUGGCUGGGGGGCUGUCCAAGUGCUUAGACAUAAUCUAACAAAUGAGAAAAAAAGUAAAACAUACUUAUUAAUAAUUGAAUUAAUGUAGUACCAAGAAUGUAUUAAGAAUUUGGGGUUUUCAGACAUGCUAUUGGCAGAAUACUACGUGUGGAACAGUUUUGCCGUAUGUUUUAAAUAAUUAGUAUUGUCAGUUCAUAGAAAAAAAGUUAAUUUUGCCAAUGUUAAAUUUUUACCUUGCUUUGUUUCUCAAAAUUUUGUUGUUUGCUUAUUAUGAAAUAUAAUUUCUGGUUUAGUGUACAUUAACCCAUUAGUUUUUCAAUUUUGUUUUACUAUCAUAUUUCAUGAAAUUCUGCAAAAAAGUCUUGGCUUAUCCAGGUGCUCUGUUCUCUGGACAGUGUAAGAGCAAAUGAAGUAAGUUUACAGCUGGCAAAAUAAGUAUAAAAAGAAAAAAAGAAAAAAACAGGUGGAAAAAACAGUCAGGAGCCCUUUGGGUCUCUUCCAAUCUAGACUUUCCAGGAAACCCCAUGAGGAAACAUGCUAGAUCCUCUACAGACUCAGAUAAAUAACUUUUAGCAUAUGCAAAGUUUCACUUACUACUUGCACAUAAACUUUACACUUCUUUGUUCCUCUUCUUCCACUUUUCUUUGCCUAUGUUUUUAAAGAACUUCUUGAGAUUAAAUUACCCUUACUUUAUAGAUGAAAACUUGUUUUUCUUUUUGACAAGACCCAUAGUUUUAGGCUUACAAGGGUUUUGCAAACAUUCUGAAAAGCUGCCUUUAGAAAAAACCUUCUGCAUGCUAAAUCUAGAGUUAGUCUUUGUUUAUUCAGUACACUUACUCUGAAAUGUUAACUGUCCCAGGGAGAAAGAAACUAGGCAUGAGCAAUGAUUAUAAUGUAACCGUGAUAGUAAUUUCCAGAAACAAGAUCUUCUACUUUACCUUAGAUGGUGAAGACUCAGCCGGGGCAGAUUCUGGCCGUCUUCGUGGAGGAACAGGUGGGGGGAUGGGCACAUCAUCAGUGCUCUUGGUUAAACUUAUAGAUGAUACUGAAGCAGAUCCUAUAGGAUGUUAAAUGCCAAAAAAAAUUUAUGGGAAUUUUAUUUUGCUCACUAAUCUUGAAAAAACUUAGCUGGAAAUUGCUAAUAUUCAUUAAAAGAAAUGUAUAGAAGUAUUAAAAGCACUUUAUGACCCAGACCAAUAUUUCAUUAAAGCAAACUUCUAUAAAAACAUGCAGAAAUGUCAUAGCAGAAUUUUUUUAAAAAGCUGCCAAAGAUAUCGUUAUUUUGUUUCUUGAACAAAAUAACAUUCUAAAAAAAUAACUGUUAAUUUACUAUUGGAACUUUUAAUUGGGUCUGAUUCUCAGACUUCUAUUGAAAUGGUAAUUUGGAAAUCUUUUAGAUAGUGAUUUUUUUCAAGCUUUGUGAUGAGCUCAUUUUUUCCCUCUAAUUUAUUCGUAGAGAACUUCUCUACCUUUAACUGAAUUAUUACUGGGGAACUAUCCAAUCUUAAGCAUUCUCUCCAGUGUCUCUUCCCCAGCAAUGCAGAGCAAAGAAUCUAGUGCCUGGGGUGUGGUGGUGGUCUUGUUUUACUUGGAUAGAGGCUCUCUUAGGCAUGUAAGAAAAAUAAGGUUCAACAGAUUUAAUCUAAAACAUAACUGUAAUGAACCUAUUCAAGAUGAUUGAGGCAAUUCUAAAUGAAAACAGGAAUUACAGGUAUACUAAAACCUAGUAACCAGGGCUGGGGAUUUAGCUCAGCGGCAUAAGCACUUGCCUUGCAAGCAGGCGGUUGUGAGUUCGGUCCCUGGCACUGAUACAUGAAAAAAAAAAAAAAAAACAACCCUAGUAACCCUGAUUUAGGAAUAAGUUGGUCAACUGGCAAAAAAAAAAGUUAAGUAAAGCUUCUAAUUAAACCUGUCUGAUAGACAUUUAUGGUGAAAAAGGCAUAAUAUAAGAUAGCACAUGUAUAAGUUAACUUUUAUAAAUAUUAUAAAAUAUAUGAAAAUAAUUAUAGAAAUAAUCCCUCACAAUUAUACUUAGCAAGUUUUUUAUUCCUUUAAGCAUUAAGUUUUUAUUGUCAAUCAAAUGUUACAGCAAUAUAGAAUUUAAAGACUAUUUCAUGUAUUGAUAUUACCAUGAUCAACAUUUUGAUCACCUACUUUUAAAUUUAUCUUACCUAGUUAAUUUAGCUUAUAAUUAGUAUUUUUAUCAUAUACAUUUUAAAACCAUUUGCAUGAAAAUGCAGCAAAAUGUUAAUUUAUUAGCUUAAGAUAAUUAAAAUGGGAUGUAGUGAGCUGAAAGUUUAAAAGCAAAUAGCUUCAACAGAAGAUUAUCUGCGAUGAAUAUGUAGGCCUUCUAAUUUAAAUAGUUACAAUUACAAGAUAGUCCUUCUAAAGUCCAAAGCAGUUAUUUUUGCCUACAGUCUAUGCUGUCACCAGGCUAAGUAUGUUGUGUGAUUUAGACACUUAAGGUAGCUGCCAGCAUUCCCAUAUGCGCAUGCAUGCUCUUGCUUCUGUUUCCAAAUUUGAGCAUUAAAAUACAUUUAGAAUUCUAUAGUUGGGAAAGAGAAAUGGUUAAAUGUGUAAGCCAUUCAUUUAAUAUGUUCUUUCAAGAGAAAAAAUAGGUUUUAUAAAAAGCAUGAAAAUUAUAUAAAAUUAAGCAAAUCAUUUAUGAUCAAAGGAUAGCACAAGUGAAGGCCUCACUUCUAAGAUGGUGCAAGCAGGUACCAAGGCUGCCAGACCCAAGGAGAAUUUUAGCAGGGAAGGUCACAUUUGAUUUGAUUUUUAAAGCCAAAGCAAAAAUUAUGAGUCUUAAUCCAAAUAUACUAACUUGGGCCAUGGGGCAGUGUAACUUGGAUAAAGACGGUAUCGCUGCCUGUGAAAGGAAACAAGAAAAAAUAGAUUUUUUUAUAUAUGUAUAUAUAUGUUCAACUUAUCUGUAAAAAUUUAUAAUGAAAAUGUUAUUUUUGUCACUCUAGUUUUAAAGAAUGCUGUAAGUUUUUAGCAAAAGCUCAUUACUAUUUUUGAGAAGAAAAAAAAAUUGAGUUAAUGUCAGACUGAGAAUUCUGAAGAUUCCUUUUACAUUUACUACUUGAUACCAUAAUAAUUAAAUGAAAAACAUUAAUGAGGAAACUGAGCUAUUCUAUAUUAUUGGGAAGUUUCUAAAAAUGUGUAAACCCAAUUCAAGUGAAGGAUUUAGUUGGAUGCAUAGAAAUAUAUCAUUUACUAAAGAUUAUUUUCAAAAUUUAAACUUGUAAAGCAACUAUUUUAUAUACUUUGAAAAAUAAAGGGGAGUUUCUUACUAAUAAUGUAUAUCUGUAAAAGAAUGUUCUUGAGACUAUAUUCUAAUUACAAAAUAACUAUAUUUUGGACAUUAAAACAAACUUGAAAAUGAAACAGCUUCUUCCUUCUAUAUUUAUUAAACACUCUAAAAAGGAUCAAUAUCCAUUCAAUGCUUAGACACAUUUUACAUAGGAAUCUCUGAUAAAUUUACAAUGUCUAAAAACUUCACCAACACUAAAUUUUUAAAGAAAAAAUUGAAAAUCAUAAGCCAAAGUGCCAAAAUCUUUAAAGUAGGAGAACUGAGAACACUAGAUGCUCUUUACUGUUUUUAAAACAGAAGAGUUAUUUGUUACAAUGCCUCCCAUUACCAGCACAUGGGUUGAAUAAUGCAUGAGAGAUUAAAUUAAGUCCUAUAAUACUAGACAGGUGAUUAUGAAAAUUUUACAUUUCCCUUUUCACAUUUUUCAUAAUAUGCAGUAACUCAAAUAAUUUGGGACAUUGUUUAUUCUGGCUUAUUUGAUCAGAGGAGGAUAAUUUUACAUUUCAGGUUCAGUUAUUUGAUGACAUCUUGUUAACUUGAUUGCUUACAAAGAUAUAAUCCUCAGAUUUCUUGGGCAGCCCCAUACUACAAUGAUCUGUUAUGUAAUCUCCUUUCCAUAUAUAUUGAUAUUUAUUUGAAACUCACAAUUAAGUGUAGCAAUCCAGCUUAUUCCAAUACAUUAUUUGUCAGAUGAUUAAAAUACAUUUUUAUAUUCAAGUCACAUGAAGCUCAUUGCCCUGUGAAUGAUUUUCUUCACAAUUCAGCAUCUAUGACAAGAUAGGGACUAAGAAGGUACCUAGUUCUAGUGUUACACAAUUUUUACUUUUGAAGAAGAAAUAAAUAUAAUGCCUGGAGAAACCCUCAGGAGCAUGGAAAGCUAUUUAGUACAAUAUGUGAAUAAAAUAAAAACACAACACUCAUAACAGGCACAGACUCAAGAGUUUUUGAAAGAAUAAUUAUACAUAUGCAGGACUGGGAUUUAGCUCAGUGGCAUAAGUGCCUGCCUUGCAAAUGUGCAGUCGUGAGUUUGAUCCCUGGUACCAAAAAAACCAAAACAAAACAAAUUAUACAUAUGCACACAAAUUUGUGUGUACAGAUGUAAACUUGGCUUCAACAUGCAAACAAGUUUUGGUUCAUGGUUUUAGUAAAUUUGGGCAGUUCUCUGAUUUCUUUAUAAUUGCUUGACCUUGCUGCCUGGAAAAUAGUAUAAAAAAUUCUUAAGUGAGAUAUUACAGGGCGUGCCUGUAAUCACACCACUCUGGAAGGCUGAGGGAGGAGGAUCAAUAGAUUUGAACCCAGCCUGGGCAGUUUAGCAAUUUGUCUAAUUUAGAACUGUCUUAAAUAAUUUAGACCAAUUUCAAAAUAAAAAAUUUAAAAAGAGCUGAGGAUAUUGUUCAGUGUGGACACUCUACAUUCAGUACCUAGUACUGGAAAAAUAUUUACAUGAUCUAGUCAAAAAAUAUAUGCCAGAUGCUGGAUGUGGUAGGUCAUGCCUAUAAUCCCAGGAAUCAGGAGGCAGAGGCAGGAAGAUAGGUACAAGUUUGAGGCCACCCCGGACUACACACUGAUACCCUGGCUAAAAAACAAAAAAGUUAGAGAUUCUUUUUUUUUUUUUCCUUGAGAUAGGGUUUUGCUUUGAACCCUAUUAGGUAGCCCAAACUGGCCUUGAACUCAUAGCAAUCUUCCUGCUUCAGCCUCCAGAGUACUGGGAUUAUAGAUGCCCAGCUAAGAAGUUCUCAUCAGUGGAAACUGAUAAAACUGACAGUGACUUGGGAAUGAAAUCCCAUUUGUUAAUGAGUUCAUUAACAAAUGCAGUAUAGUAGUAUUAAUUUGUUAAGUAAAUCCCAGAUAACAGAGCAAUGGUUCUCAACUUUGAUUGUACAUUAGAAUUUCCUGCGAGGGGGUUUGAGACAGAGCUUUGCUGGCCUAAAACUCACUGUAUACUCCAUGCCAGCCUUAAACUCAUGGUGAUCUUCCUGCUUCUGCCUCUUUAAAGCUGCACCAUUAUAAGCAUGCACCAUCACAUUCAGCUUCCUGUGGAAAAUUUUUUUAAAUAUUGAUGCCCAGUGGCUAAUUCCAGUAAGCCAAGGCCAUCUUUUUAAGCUCCCUAGGGUACUGUACUAUACAGUCAAGUUGAAACCACUGUUGAAGAUACUCCUCAGUUUAAAAAGGAGUAAUUUUUGAAAAAAAAAAAAAAAAAAAAAAAGUCUUUUUCUUCAGGAAAAAAAUGAUAUAAAUGACAGAUAACCUCUUAAAUUCGCAAUUUCUCUUCCUUUGUGUUAAAUAAAACCUCUAUUACCACUCCCUUUGUUCUUUUGGGACAGUAGUCUAGAAAUAAGAGAGAGAUACAGACAUAUACAUAUGCAGCCUGUGAGAUCUCUAUGGCUUUGCUGAAAAGCAUAAGGUAGGCUAAGCAAGGGUUAAGCAGAAGUAUGAAUUUGACACACUGUAAAAUUAGAAGUUGUGGCACAGUUUGGUGGGGACAGGAUAGUAUAUAUUGAGUAGUAUUAAAAUAAAUUUGGAAGCAGCACUGAAAACACAGGACUGACAUUCCUGGUCGAUUUCUAAGAGUGACCUUUGUUUCCUCUUAAUACAAGAAAUGCAUUUGGAACACUCAAAUGAAGUUUCCUAGUUUUACCACCAGACUUUUAUAGUAACAUCUAAUAAAUUUAAAGAGUGGAUUUUAAAAAAAAUUAUUAAGUUGCUGGAGUUCAUUUUUAUAUUGGUAUCUUCUGAAAUAGUAUCUGACUUGUACAUGUUUACCCACAUAAAGAUCAUAGAUACUUUUAUUUUUAACCUCAAGCAUGUAUAAUACUAACAACUGCUUUAAAGCACUUAAAAAUUUAGCACCUACUUGAAUGAAAAGGGCUUGAGUGAUCAGAAUCAAACACGCUGCAAACAUCUGUGGUACUGGAAGCACCAGAGGCAGGAGGAGGUGUGAGUGGUGUUCGUGGAGAAUUUGGUGCAGAUGCUGUACUUUCUGUUUCACUUUCAGGGAUCCUACUAUAACUAAUUUUCCUUGGCUCCUGCUGCAGUGGUGUGGGAUGCCUCAUGGUACCUGGUCUUGGGUUUGAUGGACGAACACCAGGAGAUUUUAGGGGAUAGCUAUAUUUUUUUGGCUGUAGACAUAUCAAAAGAAACACAAUACUUAAAGCACCACAUAGAAAGGAAUGAUUUUUUUUUACGUGCUGAUAAAAUGCAACAAAAAGCUAGGAAAACCAUAAAUCACCAAUCAUGAAGUAACAUGAUUCAAAUCAAUGUCCAAGUUAAACUAUUAUGGUUUCAUUUUGUUGAAACUUUGGCUAUCUAGAUUGUUAGAAAAUGAAUUUCUUUAAAUUAACUGAGUUUUACCUCAUAAAUAUUACAAUAUCUGUGAUUUUAAUAUUUUUGAGUAGAAAGUUUUCUAAAAUAUGUAUUUCCCUGGCUCUUUGGGACAAAUUUAACCUGUUAAAAAAUCCAGGAUAAUCAUUAUGAAUUAAUACCUAUGUUGUAAUACAUUGAUGCCAUUAAGACUUUUGGAGUUACUUUACAAAUGAAUCGAAUUACCUGAGUUUUCAUCUGCAUGUUAAUUUUAUGGUAUUCUCCUUGGAGAAUAUAAGUGUGCUUCACUGUAGCAGACUAGACACGUAUUUCUUUUUUUUUUUUUUAUCCGUAACAGGGAUCGAACUCAUGACCGCCUGCUGCUUGCAAGGCAGGUGCUUAUACUGCUGAGCUAAACCCCCAGCCCCUUAGAUGUAUAUUUCUAAUUUGCUGUUUUUAUUCAUUAAAAAGUGUUUUAAGGCCUGAAAAAUUUGCCUGUGAGGAAGAUUUCAUAUGCUUUAAUUCACAGACAUGAUGAAAUUUAUAUUGAUCACUGAGAAGCCAUUUAUGUUUACUUCCUCUUCAAAUUUUUAACAGUGAGAGAAUAUACUCAGAUCAGUAAGGUGAUGAUGCUAUUCCAUAAACUUAGCCAGGCACUGACCAAUAAUACAUAACAACAGAAUGUUUUAAGAAAGUAUUUUUUAGCCAUAUUUAAUUUGAUAUGGCAAAUGAGUCAUGGUUAAAAAUUCUAAUAAAUCACUUCCUUAAAAAGCUUGAAGUAAAUAUAAAUGAAUUAGUAUAAAUUCAUUAAACUUUCUGUCCUUACAAUAAAUCUUGAACUUUUUGUUAAAACCAAAAAUAAUAACUUACAUAUUUAUUGAAUUUCAUAAUUUGUCAUGUUGGGAUUCACUCAAGUUAAUAUUCAUAUAUUUAGAAUCAAGUGUGAUAUAUCUGAGUAUAUUUAUUAAGCACACUUUAUUUAGAAUUAUCACAUGUAUAUUUCAUCCUGAAUACCUUUAUAAAAAAUGAAUCUAUAACAGAUACAGUAGUGAUGAUAAUACCAGAUGUACACGACAAGUGCAGAAAGUAUAUAAAUGUAAAAGAAAUGUAAUGAACACUUACAAAUCUUGGGAGAGGCUUAGGGUUUCGUGGUUCUAUUUCUAGAGAUUUAUUGAAAAGAUAAUCUGUAAAUUCUUUCUCCAUGCUAUUUCCCAUUGGAUUCAAGUUUUCAAAGAACCUCUAAAUAAAUGCAAAGAAAUAAUUAUUAGUAGUGAAUAUUUUAAAUUUAGUCUGAACUUCAUGAAAACAGUUUAUGAAAACUUUUAAGAAAACUUGAAUUAGUUAUUUUCAGUUUUAUUCCUCUUGUCUACAAAACAAAUCUGGUUUUUAUCAAGAAUUUAAUAAAUUUAAUUAGAAAUAUGUAUCUUCAGGUAAUUCUACUUACUUUGAUAUCUGAUUCUACUCGUAAACAAUAAGGCUGAUUUUGGUACUGCUGGAUCUCUCCUGUUAUUUCUGCUACUUUUCUCCUUUUGCUAAAGUUUAUUAGCUCUUUUCCAUGUCUUUUUAGAACCUCAGGGUUGCCUUCUUCUGUUUUCAAGAUAUUAGUGAGAUAAAUUCC